AAAAAUGAAUUUUUAGUAUAAGAAGUUACUCUAUAUGCUAACAGAACUAUUUUAUGGCACAAUAUGCUUAACCAUCAGGGAAUCUUAAAACUAUCAUAACAAAUAGUGUAUAUGUAUUUCUAAAUACAGUAUUUUAAUUGUUAACGUAUGCAUUCUAUUGGUGCUAAAUAUUUUUGAAGAAUUUAAACUUAAUUUAAUACAAAUUUUUUUCAUGAACUUCCUAUUUCUCACAGGUUUAAUGUUUUUAUUGUUUCCACUAGUAAUAUUAUGUCAAAUCCAGAAUAUCUCUAAAAAAAUACCAAUUGUAUCAUGUGAUUUUUGCUUAAAGCUUUAGGAAAUUAGUACCAGAAUUUUACAUUGGUUAACAGCAAAGUAAACAUUACCGCUCAGCUCCAACAUAUGCAGAUUGCCUAUACCAGGGAUCCUAUCAAAAUAUACACCGUUUAUAGCUUCUUAAGUACAGUUAUCGUAGAGCACAGUCCCUGACACCACACAGCUGCAGAGAUGAAUAAACAAAGAGGAACCUUCUCAGAAAUGAGUCUGGCCCAGGAUCCAAAGAGGCAGCAAAGGAAACCUAAAGGCAAUAAAAGCUCCAUUUCAGGAACCGAACAGGAAAUAUUCCAAGUAGAAUUAAGCCUUCAAAAUCCUUCUCUGAAUCAUGAAGGGAUUGAUCAAAUAUACGAAUACCAAGGUUUACUGCCACCUCCAGAGAAGCUCACUGCUGAGGUCCUGGGAAUCAUUUGCAUUGUCCUGAUGGCCACUGUGUUAAAAACAAUAGUUCUUAUUCCUUUCCCGGAGCAGAGCAAUUCUUCCCCGAAUACAAGAACCCAGAAAGUCCUGGAACAGAACAAUUCUUUCCCGAAUACAAGAACCCAGAAAGUACAUCAUUGUGGCCAUUGUCCUGAGGAGUGGAUUACAUAUUCCAACAGUUGUUAUUACAUUGGCAAGGAAAAAAGAACUUGGGCAGAGAGUUUGCUGGACUGUGCUUCGAAGAACUCUAGUCUGCUUUCUAUAGAUAAUGAAGACGAAAUGAAAUUUCUGACCGCCAUUUUACCUUCCUCAUGGAUUGGUGUGUUUCGUGACAGCAGUCAUCAUCCAUGGGUGACAAUAAACGGUCUGACUUUCAAACAUGAGAUAAAAGACUCAGAUCAUGCUGAAUAUAACUGUGCGAUGCUACAUCUAGAUAGACUUAAAUCAGUCCAGUGUGGAUCUUCAAAAAGAUAUUAUUGUUUACUGCCACCUCCAGAGAAGCUCACUGCUGAGGUCCUGGGAAUCAUUUGCAUUGUCCUGAUGGCCGCUGUGUUAAAAACAAUAGUUCUUAUUCCUUGUAUCAGAGUACUGGAGCAGAACAAUUUUUCCCUGAAUACAAGAAUCCAGAAAGCAUAUGACUGUGGCCAUUGUCCUGAGGAGUGGAUUACCUAUUCCAACAGUUGUUGUUACAUUGGUAAGGAAAAAAGAACUUGGGAAGAGAGUUUGCUGACCUGUGCUUCAAAGAACUCUAGUCUGCUUUCUAUAGAUAACGAAGAAGAAAUGAAACUUCUGGGCUCCCUGUCAGUUCUCUCAUGGGUUGGUGUCUCUCGUAGCAGCAGUGAUCAUCCAUGGGUGUCAAUAAAUGGCUCAAUGUUCAAAUUGAAGAUAGCAGAAUCAGAUAUUGGAAAACUAACUGUGUAAUGCUGCGCUCAUCUGGACUUAAAUCACACAGAUGUGGAUCUUCACAACUGUAUACUUGUAAGCAUAAACUUUGGAAUUAAAGCAACUGAAUUUGGAGUCUGUUCAGGUAAUUUUAAAUUUCAUGAAAUGGAAAUAAUAUUUUGAUUGAAAAAGUUUUAAAAUAAAUUACAUAAUUUGUCCCAAUAAUGAAAAAAGUUUUCAAAAUCAGUUAUUGAAAUGUAAUAUACACACCACUAAGUACAGAUAUCAUUGCUGUUGUGUCUUGCUCUUCUUACUCAACAUUAUAUUUGUGGCAUUCAGUCUUUCUUAAAGUUUCACAGUAUGCAAGUGUGUUUAUAUGAAAUAUCGGUAAUAGGCA